AUGGUGAUGGAAUGCCCCUCUUGUGAUGCCAAUAGAAAGCAAUCACUUGGAAAAAAUAAUUUAGUGACGUGUGGAUACUGCCAUAAUACUUAUCUAUACAGUGAAAAGGCGUCAAAACAUGAUGUUGCGGAUCAAGACUUUUCCGAUUCGAGCUUUGACUCUGAUGAAUAUAUACCCUCACCUACUUAUUCAAACGACGAGGAUGAUGCUGUUGAUGCUGCUGCUGCUGCUGCUGCUGCUGCUGAAGCUAAUGUUAACGACGACAACGACAACGAUGAGGACGAGGACAUGCUGUGGACAAAAGGAACCGAGAGGAAGACUGCUGCAAGAUCUGCUGACCGAGAUAUAACAUCUCCUUCCGACAUGGAGUCAUUAAGCAAUGAAAAUGAAAAACAAGUGUCGAAGAAAGCAUCUGACAAGUCUUCUGAUUCACCUGUAGAGUUCAAAUUGGACUUUGGUGACGAGGACGCUGGAGACGUCUAUGAGCUUGAUAGUGAUGACUCCUUGGACCAACAAAUUGCAGCUAUUCUGUCCAGGAAACAAAAGCGGUCAAAAAUAUUCAGUGACGAUUCUGAUGACGAUACACAUAUAGCACGUUCACAAAAAGGAGCUAAAGGGAAAGAACGUGAGAGCAAGCCAUGGUUGAGAGAUGAACAACUACCGAAAAUUUUUAGACAAACCGAAUCUAGAAAAACAAGCAGCUCCCCAGCACCUUCUUCUUCUUCUUCUUUUGCCAAAAAUCCUAGAAAGAAAGAAUAUGAGUUAUCUUUCUCCGAAGAUGAUUCGGAUGAAGUUUCUCAAUCGCCCAGCAGAACAUCUAGACCGUCAAAAAAAGCAGUAAAAGCAACACGGUCAAAAAAACGAAGCAGACAUCAUAGUAGUGGUAGCGAGUUUAGUGCGAGUGAUAGUGAAUUAGAAACUGAAAAAGUGACACUAUACGACCCAAAGGAGCCUUCACAACAUACAAUACGUUCAAAAGACUCUACUCAGGGAGAGAGACCAUUCAACAGAUACAGCCCCUUUAUUGUGUUUAAUAAAAUCUUUAGAAAACAACUGGCAAAGCAAUUUCCACAUAUUGGCAACCUCGAACUCAGUGCAAAAGUAGCAGAAGCGUGGAGGAAUAUGGACAAAGAAGAGAAAGAAAAGUUUCUGCAAGAGCAAAAAGAGAAGCGGGAAAGUCUAAAAGGCAUCACUAAUAAGGCGAAUUUCAAGGUUCCAGCAGGAAAUGGAUGGCUAUUAUACUCCAAAGAACAGUUACCAAAAGUUAAAAAGGCCUAUCCUGAUGCGAAGAAUAUCAAUAGCCUGAGUGCUGUCAUUGGACAGAGAUGGAAAGAACUAUCAAAGGAGGAAAGAGACGUAUACCACGCACAAGCAAAGAAAGAACGUGAGGAAUGGAUCAAAGAGCAUCCUGAGGAGUUCGCACAACAUCAAGAAAGAAUGAUUCAUAGAAUCAAAGCGACGAAAGCCGCAAGGAAGAAAGCAAAGAAUAAAUAA